UGCCUGGCCUCCCUGCUGACGUAUCAGGCUGUGGAAAUCAGAGCUGUGUGGCGCUGACUCAGGACAACAGGAGGAGCUGACCCGCUCACAGGCCAGCGCCCCACGGCUUUCGUUUCCCCGUCCCUCUCCCACACGGCCGGGAAGAGCAGGACGAGGAUGGGGCCGCGCGGCUGGCUCUGCCUGCUCUGCCUGGUGCUCCCCUGGGUGCUGUGCCAGGGCACCAGCCGCACCCAGCCCGAGCAAGUGCAUCUCUCCUACCCAGGCGACCCCACCGCCAUGACCGUCACCUGGACGACCUUCGACCCGGCCGGCUCCAUCGUGGAGUUCGGCCUAGAGCCAGGCGAGGUCUUCACCACCUCCGCCAAGGGCCACGCCAGCCGGUUCGUGGACGGCGGGUGGUUGCGCCGCAGCAUGUUCAUCCACCGGGUCACCCUGCGGGGCCUGGCCCCUGGGCAGCGCUACGCUUAUCGCUGCGGGAGCCCGCUGGGCUGGAGCCGGCUCUACGGCUUCCGGGCUCUGCAGAAUGGCACCAACUGGAGCCCGCGUCUCGCUGUCUUCGGUGACAUGGGGAACAUCAACCCCCAGUCCCUGCCCAGGCUCCAGCGCGACACGCAGCAGGGCAUGUACGACGCGAUCCUGCACGUAGGGGAUUUUGCCUAUGACAUGGACCAGUGUAACGCCAGGGUCGGAGACGCCUUCAUGCGCAAGAUCGAGCCCGUCGCUGCGUCGGUGCCGUAUAUGACGUGCCCGGGGAACCACGAGGAGAAAUACAACUUCUCCAACUACCGUGCCCGAUUCAGCAUGCCCGGUGACACGGAGGGCCUGUGGUACAG